ACUAUCAUUGCAAUCAUAGAGUUGCACCUAGAAUCUGAACAGAGGACCCAAACUUUUAGAAAUGUCUCUUAAAUUCAAUUAUUGAGACUGAUGCUUCAGUGAACAGAGGAAGACUUCGCUAAUCUUUAAGAUGGCCUCCAACGUCACAGUCAAUUCUUUACUUGAUAAGAUCAGUAAGGAUCAUCUAGAAUGUCCAAUAUGCACCAAUCGCUUCAUCAAUCCAACAAUGCUAGACUGUCUACACAGCUUCUGCUUCACAUGCAUCAAGGAGCUUCACCAACAAGAUCCUAACAACUCCAUCCUACUGUGUCCUCUGUGCAGAAAGAAAACAACACUAGAAGACAACAGGGUUGACAGUCUACCUAAAGACUUUAAACUGAACGCCCUGGGGGAUGAAGUUAGUGAUCACGAGCGACUCAUUGAGGGUCAUAGGUCAAAGGUUAAAUGUCAAGCCUGUGAUGAAGAGAAUGAAGCAGUUUCAAGAUGUAUGGAGUGCGAGUAUUUCCUCUGUUGUGAAUGCCAACGAGCUCAUCAGCGAUUAGCUUUCAUGAAAUCUCAUCAAAUCCGAACACUCGCUCAGUUACAAGCAGAUGGAGUUACAUAUGAGAGUCAAGGUGAAUCAAACAUCCCCAAGUUAGAGUCAUAUGAUAAGUAUUGUCAAACGUGCCUGAAGUUAGCAGUCACAACUUGCAGCAACCCAGAUAAAGACAGUCCAAAACAUGAUGUUAUUGGUGUUCCAGAGAUCUUAAUUAACUUGGUUUCUAAACUGAAGACGCAUCAAAAUGAUAUUCACACUGCCAUAGUAGAUAUUAAAGACGCUCGUAGCAAGCUGGAUCAAGCACUGAUCACAACUGAAAGUAAAAUUACCCAGAACGCUGCCAAGAAAUUUGCUGAGAUCACUGAGGAGGAGAAGAAACUGAAGGAAGAGGUGAAGAGGAUUUACCAAGACAGAAUCAAAACCUUUGAAACUGCGGAGGAAACCUACAGCAAAGAGAAAGUCCAGGCAGAGCGUAAGCUGGAUGAGGUGAAUAAACUAAUGGCUCAAACAAGUCGCAAUAAGUUUCUGGAUCUUAAAGAAGAACUUCUUCCUAAUCUUGAUGAACUGACGAGUGAGAAAGCUCCUACAAGGCUCUCGUUUAUGGACUUUGAAGAAGAUGAAGGGUUACUGGGAAGACUGGUGUUAGAAGACGAGCAAAGCUUUAAAGAAGAUUCCAUGGCUGAGAUAGCUUUUGGUCUUGAUAGACUCAGCAUACAACAAGAUUGGCGACUGAAACAACAGUUUAAACUAUAUGGUAUUGAGCCUUAUUCCAUCAAUAGUGUCACUGCGUUCUCCAACAAUGAAAUAAUCAUGGCAGAUAUCCAAAAUAAUCAUUUGAUUAGAACGUCAUUAAAAGAUAACGGCUGUUAUGAUACACGGGACAAUCCACAAAGACUAAAACUGACCGAUCUCAACAAUCCAUAUAGAGCUGCUGUGAACAAAAAAGAUCAACUUCUUGUUCUCGAUGGUCGAUCAAUUAAAGUCUUCAGUCAGAACUAUCAACUCCUUCAUCAGUUCACACCAGGGGCAAGAUCAGGACGAUGGCCAUCAUGCCUAGCAGUGUCCGACAAUAACCAAAUAGCAGUGGGUUACAAGAAUAAAGAGGAGAUCGCCCUCCACAGAGAAAGCGGAUAUCGUUCAAAAACACUGUCAGCGCCUGGUAUGGGUUAUUAUAUGACGACCUACAAGCAACAGUUUAUCUACACUAACACUUUCCUUGGCAAACUGAUCUCAGUUGACUAUGACGGUGAGGUCAUAUUCUCAGUGGAUGUAAAGAGUGGGCGGCCUUAUGGUGUGUGCUGUGACGAUCGGGAUGGGAGCAUCUUUGUUGUUAUAGCUAAGACUUCUACAUCGGAUGAAAUUCAGCAGUACAGUCAUGAUGGCAAGUACAUUGGAAGAAUUAUCAAGGAUUGUGGUCUUCUGUUUGACAUUGCAUUCGCAGCAACUGGGGAACUUGUGGUAAUCACAAACAAAUCUGUAAAAACAUACAGCCCUCACGAAAAAAAAUCAGUAACCAGGAUCUUGUAUGCCUAAAUGAAUCUGUAAGAAUCUACUGCCAUAUUAUAGAGAGACAGAAUUUGGUCUUGAAAAAUAAUCAUCUUAAGAACUGCAUGUAUAAAAAAUACCAACACUUUCAUAGCACCUAAUAAUCAUGUUGACAUGCUCUAGUGCGCUGAACAUGGCACUAGUAAACAAAAAAACAGCAAAUAUAAAAUACCUUGUUUAUAUGUAUCUAUGGUAUGCAAUGUAUAAUAUUGAACUAUUUUUUAUGAUCGCAUGUAAUAGACUGAUAGUUUACCAGUGGGUGUAUUCACGUCACUUGAAGUGAAUAGUAAAUACCAUUAGGCAAUAGGCAUAAAGCAGAGCCCAAUUUCAUAAAGCUGCUAAGCAGAAAAUUCUGCUUAGCAAUUUUCUUGGGUUAAGCAAGAAAUGA